GUCCUCAAAACACUCUCGCUCUCAAACUGUAUUCAAAGCAGCCGCACGUUGAUCCAUCCCUCCCCUUAAAUAAUGCAAAGAGGUAUCCAUCAAUCCAAUCGAGGUCUACUAUCAACCUGUUCAACAAGUGGCAAUUACCAUCGCCUUAUUUCCGCGUGAAAACGAAAAGGAGGAUAACAUAAGAAAAAUGAAAAAUUGACACGUCAAAACGACACCUGUUAUUAUGAGAAUUCACGCGUAGAGGAGAAAGGUUAAUAGAUCGAGCGACAGCUUGAAGAGUAAGCAUGCAAAGGGAGGUUCAAUUGGACGUAUCGGUGAACUUGGCAGCCUUUUUCUUAAAGAACAUCGGUCUAUGGAUGUCGGACGAUCCUGGCUACGAGCGUCGAAGAAAAGUGAUACUCGUAUACACGAUGUGGUGCAUUAUGCUCAGCUCGGUUGUGAUUAGCAGAGAUGUGUAUUUUACGUGGCUUUACGAUGGAGAUAUUCUCUACGUUGUUACCAAUGCUUUGAGCAUGAUGAUGAUAGCAGUGAAGAUAUGCAUGAUAGUGAUACACAAAGAGGAAUUUAUCAAUCUGAUCGUGUACAUGCGAGAAAAUUUCUGGAACGACAACUACGAUUUCCACGAGAGGGGGAUUUUGGAAAAUUGCAAGAGAACUUGCGCCUUCUUCGUCUCCUUGGUUACGACGAUUGGAAUAUGCGCUAUACUGUCCUAUCUGGCCACACCGCUCAUCGUACAAACUGUGAGCAAUAAUUCGGAAAGAAUGCUUCCAUUUAACAUGUGGUUAAAGUUACCAUUAUCGGAAUCACCUUACUACGAAUUAAUGUUCGUUUACCAGAUAACGACUUUCUACUUCAUUGGAAUAUCGUAUUUUUGCUUCGAUAACAUUUUCUGCAUCAUGACCGUACAUCUGGCCGGCCAGUUCCAAAUACUUCGAUACAGAUUUGGGAAAUUGUGCAGUGCAGAAGAUCGAGUAUCCGAGAAAGACACGGAAUCAAGAUUUUACCACAGAUUCAAGGCUUACGUUCGAUACCAUCAGACGUUGAUCGACUAUUGCGAGAAAAUUGAGAACGUGUACACUAUGAUUAUACUUGGACAAGUGUUGGUAUUUAGCGUGUUAAUCUGCCUCUUCGGUUAUCAAAUAUUGUUGGCUAACGCGCCUUCAGCCAGACGCUCCAUUUUCAUCUUUCUUUUAAUCGGCGCCAUGUCUUUACUGUUCAUGUUCACAUUCAGCUGCAACGGCGUGAUAGAGCACAGUGAAAAUAUCGCUAUAGGCGCGUACUCGGCGUUGUGGACCGCGAUGCCCAUGAACAAAUUUGGGAAAAUGCUUCGAAACGAUCUGAUAAUGGUGAUCGAGCGAUCCAGACGCGUUUGUUGCCUGACAGCGAACGGAUUUUUCCCUGUAUCGUUGGAAACGUACACUACAAUUUUGAGUACCGCGGUAUCAUAUUUCACGCUAUUAAGAAACAACGUAGAAAAGGCGAACGAGAACAUUGGGCUGUGGAUAGCUGACGACUCCACGAAUGAACGUCGAAGAAAGGGAAUGCUUGCCUACACGAUUUGGUGCACCUUCUUCUCCACCAUCAUCAGCAGUAGAGAUUUGUACUUCACUUGGAUUUACAAUGGUGUACGAGUGUAUUAUAUUUGUAUGAAACUACUGGCAGUUACAGAUAUUCUUUACGCCCUUGCCAAUUAUAUGAGCGUAAUGAUGAUCUUGGUCAAAAUAUGCGUCAUAGUGGUGCACAAAAGCGAAUUUAUUAAUCUGAUCGUGUACAUGCAACAAUAUUUCUGGAAUGUUAAUUACGAUUCUCGCGAGAAAGAGAUUUUGAACAGUUGCAAAAAGACUUGUGCCUUUUUCGUUUCCUCCGUCACUUUUAUCGGUAUAUGCGCUAUACUAUCGUAUCUAAUGACGCCAUUCACAGCUCGUAUCGGGAACAACGAAUCCGAAAGGGUACUUCCAUUUAAUAUGUGGCUGAAUUUGCCACUUUCACAAACGCCUUAUUACGAAUUAUCGUUCCUUGUCCAGAUAAUAACUUUGUAUUACAUAGGGAUCUGUUACUUUUGCUUCGACAACGUUUUCUGCAUCAUGGCCAUCCAUCUGACCGGCCAAUUUCGCAUACUCGGGUACAGAUUCGCGAAACUGUGCAACAUAGAGCACGAAAUGUGCGAAAAAGAUGCGGCAUUGGCAAAGCACGUGCACAAAUGUUACGAGAAAUUUAAGGAGUACGUUCGAUACCAUCAGGCCCUGAUCAACUUUCACACCAAGCUUGAAAACGUAUACACGAUGAUCAUACUCGGACAAGUGAUAGUAUUUAGCGUGUUGAUUUGCCUGUUUUGCUACCAAGUGUUGUUGGCCAACGCUCCCUCGGCAAGACGGUCCAUUUUCAUCUUUCUUUUAAUCGGCGCCGUGUCUCUACUGUUCAUGUUCACCUACAGCUGCGACGGUGUGAUGGAGCAAAGUGACAACGUCGCUGUAGGCGCGUACUCGGCACUGUGGACGAUCAUGCCGAUGGACAAAUUUGGGAGAACGCUUCGAAGAGAUCUGAUAAUGGUGAUCGAGCGAUCCAGACGCGUUUGUUGCCUGACAGCGAACGGAUUUUUCCCCGUAUCUUUGGAAACCUAUACCACGUUCACUCUGUACUGGUAUACCAUCGAACGUAUCCAGCCAGUUUUAUCAAGAAGUGAAAACGAUAUGAGUUUUCUCGAAAGCGAUAUAUCUGUCAGCCUGACGUCAAUUUUCAUGAAGCUGGUCGGACUAUGGAUGGCGGCCAACCAGUUCGAACAACGGAUAAGAAACGUCACGGUUAUUUACAGCUUGAUAGCCAUUCUUUUCGCUCUGUGGAUACAAAGUAUGAAUAUAUAUUACUCGUGGGGCGAUUUGAGCGCUUGUCUCUUCCCCAUCUCCAAUAUGCUGUCGUUAAUUUUGCCCCUGUUGAAGAUAAUCAUUCUGCUCAGUCACAAAGGAGAUUUUUUCCGUUUGAUACUGUACAUGCAAAGGAACUUUCUACGGGGGAAUUACGACGACUACGAGAGAAAAGUCGUGAUCGGUUGCAAGCGGAAAUGCACCAUCUUCAUUUGUUUCUUCACGUUUCUUACAAUGGCGACUAUCGUUUCUUACAUCGCCAGUCCAAUCAUUGAAAACAUUGGAAAAAACGAGUCGGACAGAGUGCUUCCGUUCAACAUGUGGAUUGACUUACCACUAAGUAUGACUCCAUAUUUUGAAAUUACGUUCCUGUUACAGGUUUUAUCCUCGUAUCAAAUUGGGGUGAGUUACUUCUGUUUCGACAAUUUUUUGUGCAUUAUGAAUUUACACGUGGCUGGACAAUUUCAAGUGUUGCAAUAUAGAAUUUCCAACAUAGCAGAUACGGUUACUAAAAAAGAAAAGAAAAAGAAAUUAAUUACGGACUCGUUGUAUUUUUCGAACAAAUGUUACACCACUUUUAAAAAAUAUGUUCGCCAACAUCAAGCCCUUAUAGCGUAUUGCAGGAAACUCGAAAUGGUAUUCAAUUUGAUCGUCCUAGAGCAAGUUUUGAUGUUCAGCUUGCUAAUUUGCCUCGAUGGAUAUCAGAUACUCAUGGCAAAUGGAGAUAUCAAAACACGUUUAAUCUUCAGUUUCCACAUAUUAGCAUGCCUAUGCCAAUUACUGAUGUUCAGCUACAGCUGUGAUUGCAUCAUACGAGAAAGCCUGAGCGUAGCUACAGCGGCGUACAGAGCACCUUGGACGUUACUACCAAUGACUAUAAGCGGGAGGAUGAUGCGAAAAGAUUUGAUAAUAGUCAUUAUGAGAGCCAGCAUACCUUGUUGCUUGACUGGAAAAGGGUUCUUCGUCGUGUCUCUCGAAACGUACACCAGUGUCUUGAGUACCGCUGCAUCGUAUUUUACGCUGUUACGAAACAAUAUAGAAAAUUUGAACGUAAAUUAAUAAGAAUAAAUUUUCGAUCAACUAAUCGAACAAGAAAUCUAGCAAAUGAUAUAAUUAUUGUUGAAAUAAAUAUCGUUGAAAAGAGAUAAAAA